UGAUCAUUUCUAUGAAUUGCAGGACAGAGACCAAUGCCUGUAAGUACCAAACAUUUGUGGAGAGCGAGUGAAGUGUCUCAAUACUCCAGGGGGGUUCAGGUGUCUGGGGGUUUCUGAGCGAGAAGCAGCGACGGGCUUCUGUGGUCCCGACUACUUCUACAACCAGGAGCUGCAGGAGUGUCAGGCCUGCAGCGACUGCGACGGAGAGCCCGUCUCGGCUCCCUGCGCGGCCGUCACCGACGCCGUCUGCGGCCGGCCUUCGCAGAUCCGACUCUCUCAGUCGUGGGGGGCCAGCGUGGGAGUACCGCCCGCCAGGUCCUCCGGGGGCCACAUCUUCCCCGGGCUUCAGCUCAACAUCCGGGGCAAAGAGAAAAUCGACCUGCUGUCCAACGAGGCCGGGCAGGUGACGUUCCUGCAGCACGGCCUCGUGUGGUUGGAUCACAACUUUGCCAUAAAGCACAGCUGCAGGAACUUCCUUCAGGUGGGCAUGAGGCUCAACGGGAGCCAGGAGGAGGAGGGGGGUCGCGACCUCAGCGGCGUUCGCAUCGAACAGCCGGACGGGAAACACUUCCAGGGCGUCAGCGUCAGCAGCGGCGUCGAGGUGGAGCCCGACCACAUCUUCACUCUGCUGCUGAGGAGCCCGAAUCAACACUGCAACCAGAGCAAGGACCUCCACCUGUACGACAUCGCCGCCCCGUCCGUCAGCCUGCUGUGGCUGUCGCACGACACCGGCGCCGUGGCCAUGACGGCCCACAUGUCCCUGCUGACGCACUACCAGACCAGCUACCGCCCGACCUUCCGCGUGACCUCGGUGUCCGACCCUUACAUGGUCGCUCUGACGCACGACAACCGCGGCGUGCGCUUCACGGAGAGCGGCGUGGUGAAGUUCGUCCUGCAACAGGCGCUUUACUCCAUGGGCCACACCUGCGUACGAGAGGGUUUCUCCCUGAUCGCCUACGUCAGCCGCAACGGGACCGGCCAGGAGGCGACGCAAGCGUUCAAGGCGGGCGUCAACUACCGGGACACGUCCAUCACCCUCUCCGGCGCCGUGAGAGUGGGCGGCGGCGACACGCUCAGCUUUGAGAUCACGUCUCCGUCGCAGUGCAACAUCCGCUACUUCGGGGACAGCAGCGGGAUCAGCGUGCUGAGCCUCAUCUGGGUUCCCUCGGCGGUGUCGUCGGCGCUGAGCGCCACCGUGUCCCGGACGGGCCUCCCCUCCGGGGCGGUCAGGAACAAGCCGCUGUCCUUCCAGCAGGUCGGCGCCGACGCGCCGCAGGUGGGCCUGGCCCGCUCCGGGGAGCCCAGCAGCCGGAGGAACUUUGUCUUCCACGAGAGAGGGACGGCGAACGUGGCGCUCAACCUGAAGCUGAUACACUCCUGCAACGUUGUGAAGGUCACCUUGCAGCGGGCGGGCGGUCCGGGCGGGCAGGCGGGUCCUGUGGCUCAGCAGGUGGCCGGAGCGAUGCCCGAAGGGAGCGAGUGGGCCAGCAUCGGGCUGAGGGCCUCGUUCCCGGUGCAGAACGGCACGGCGGUCUACGUCACGCUGGACUGUGUCCGCGGGCGAGUUAACCGGAUCGCGCACGAGGGCGGCACUAACAUUUCAAUCCUCUGGGUUGCAGUUUGAUCCGAGAAGCCUUUUUAUUCUCAAUGCAUUUUCAGAAGAAAAAAAAAAAAAGACAGUUUUGCACAAUAUUGAAUUGCAGAGCAGAUUCAACUAUUAACCAAAUAGAGAUGGAAACAAUGUUGUUCCUCUAUUACACAUAUUUUUUCAUGUUAUUGUUUUAAUUGUAAGUUUAAUCACCUGUUUAGACUUUUAUUGUGAAAUCCCUUUUGGGUGUAAUUAACAUAGUGUAAGUACUUCUUUCGCUUGAAGUACUUCGGCUGGUUGAGCAGUGACCAAUUCUUCAUGGGACGUGUGUGUGUGUGUGUGUGUGUGUGUGUGUGUGUGUGUGUGUGUGUGUGUGUGUGUGUGUGUGUGAUCGAGUGUCAGUACUUACAUAUGCAGUGGUGCUUGUUAUAUACAGCAUAUGUGUGUGUGUGCGUGUGUGUGUGUGUGUGCGUACUCGUUGGCAUGUCUACCUUUCUAUGAGUCGUUUAAUAUGUAUAUGCUUUUUUUAACGUGUGUACUGUAUGUAACCAACUUUUUCAGUAAAAUAUUAUUAGGCAUUUAAAAUGCAGUUUGGGAAAUACGCUUGUACAACUUCUGGAAGAGUUAAAUGAUCUAAAUUGUCUAGCCUAGCUUAGCUUAGCUUAGCUUAGCAUAAAGACUGGACUUAACAGCUAGCCUGGUUUUGGUCUUCUCAUCUCAUGAAGGUCGUCAUGACAAACAAACAACACAAUAUUUGCAGUCGUUUGCUCUCGUUCAUUGUAGUUUACAUUACAAAACAAACGCUCCUCCGUAAACUGUCGACGUGCAUUUUCCAAAAUGACAAACUAUCCCUUUAAUGCUCUGCAGAAGAGCUACACACACAUAAAGGAGUUGGUAUUUGAUGAUGUUUAUGAUGAUAUUUAUUUGCUUUUUAUAAAAAAAAAAACGGGACUCUUGUAUUCACACUAUGGAAAAGACAUAUUUGUCACGAGAAAAGUAUAGAAUAUGUUGUGCGCGUGGUUCUCUGAGUAUACGUUGAUCUGCACACGUAUAGUUUAACAUAGUAUCAUGGAGUGUGCAAAUAUCACACGUGUGAUUCCCCCUGUGAGGAGCUGCCCGUGCAUAUCGUUCCUAAUUGCCUCUGCGUGUUCUUUCCUCUAAACAAUUAAGCAUAAUUAAGUUUCGGGGAGGCUGCCAGCGAAGCCGACCGCAGGAAUUCUUCUGAUUUAUUCUCACUUCAUUAUGUUUAGUGAUUUUUUUGUUGUUUUCCGUGGUUGAGUUGCCUGCACAUCUCAAUGUAUCCUGUUUAACACCAAAUAAAAUGUAUGUUUAGCCAGACU